AUGCAUUGUAUUCCAAAGCAUCGAUCCCUCGACCAGAAUUGCACGACCUGGACAGCAAGACCGUCUGUUGAAUUUCAAAUUAGUGAAUUUCGUCACCAUGGAAACCAGAAUGAAGACGAAUCGUCCGGAUAUGAUAAUGAGGUACAAGACCAACUCACUCAGGCGAUUGCUGAUAUGUCUUUGCAAGCAUUGGAGUCGGAGCCUGCGCCAGCCACGGUUCAUGCGCCAGCCACGGUUCAUGCGCCAGCCACGGUUCAUGCGCCAACCACGGUUCAUGCGCCAACCACGGUUCAUGCGCCAGCCACGGUUCAUGCGCCAGCCACGGUUCAUGCGCCAGCCACGGUUCAUGCGCCAGCCACGGUUCAUGCGCCAGCCACGGUUCAUGCGCCAGCCACGGUUCAUGCGCCAGCCACGAUUCAAUACAAUUGCUUUCAAUUAGUCCCUCCAUAA